AUGUGGGUAUCAACCAUGUCUUACUCAUCUCUUCACAAACCAUAUUAUUAUUACCAUAAUAUUAAUAAUUUCCAUCAAAGAUGCCUCAACACCAACCUCCCUAAAUUCACAACAAGAGCUUCCUCUGCUGCACCUGGUGUUGACCUCAACACCCUUGAUUCUGCAAUUGCAAAGAAAGAUAGCAAUGCUGUUAAAGAGGCACUUGAUCAGCUGAGUGAAAUUGGUUGGGCCAAGAAAUGGAGUUCCCAGCCAUAUGUUUCACGUCGUACGACAUCAAUUCGAGAGCUGACAACUUUAGGGAUUAAAAAUGCGGAGAACCUUGCAAUUCCUAGUGUUAGAAAUGAUGCAGCUUUUCUCUUUACUGUGGUUGGAACAACUGGAUUCUUGGGUAUUCUGGCAGGCCAGCUUCCCGGGGAUUGGGGCUUCUUUGUACCAUACUUGAUUGGGAGUAUUUCCUUAGUGGUUUUGGGCAUUGGUAGCACAUCUCCUGGGCUUCUCCAAGCAGCUAUUAGCAGCUUUUCAGCAGUUUUUCCGGAUUAUCAAGAAAGGAUCGCUAGACACGAAGCAGCCCACUUUUUGAUUGCUUAUCUGCUUGGCUUACCGAUUUUUGGAUAUUCGUUGGAUAUUGGGAAAGAGCAUGUCAAUCUCAUUGAUGAGAGGCUUGAAAAGCUUCUGUAUAGUGGCCAGCUUGAUACUAAGGAGCUAGACAGAUUGGCUGUUGUAUCAAUGGCUGGACUAGCAGCAGAAGGUUUAACAUAUGACAAAGUGAUUGGUCAAUCAGCUGAUCUUUUCACGCUCCAGAGGUUUAUCAACAGAACCAAGCCACAACUCAGCAAAGAUCAGCAACAAAAUCUCACCAGAUGGGCAGUUUUGUUUGCUGCUUCUCUCUUGAAAAACAACAAGGGAAUCCAUGAAGCAUUAAUGGCGUCAAUGGCAAAGAAGGCGAGUGUACUGGAGUGCAUUCAAACAAUCGAAAGCACAUCAUAG